CAUAUAAGUUUAACAGCAACGUAACUGAAAGAAGCGAGCAACGGAUUUCCAGUGUUGCUGAUGUUCUCAGAUUCUGUGCUUGUGUUAGCCAGGUAGCUAGCUGCUUAUUGGCCACUUAGCGAGCUGUUAACGAGUGAGCCAGGAGCGAUGGAGGGAGGAUUGUGGUGGAAAACAGUGUGACAAAUCUGCAGAACAGAUUGUGGGGUAGAAGAGGAAACAGUUGGACAUGGGGUCAAACGACCAUCGUCCUCUCUGGUGAAAGACUUCAGGUCCAGUGGGAAUAACUUCGAGUGAAGCGUUCGCCUCCAUGACAGAUGACCUGCGGUAACGCCAGUGUUCGCUUGAAGACUUCCAGCUGGCGAAUCGCAUCAGUUCGUCCGGAGGGUCAUCGUCAGAGACGACACCCUCUGCUCUGUUAGCGUUAACUGAGUAGAAAAUGACCGGAGAGAAGAUCCGCUCCCUGAGCAAGGAUCACAGGCUGAGCAAGGACGAGGAUUUAUUGGAACCGGACGAGGAGGCUGCAACCGGGACUUUCACGGUCCCCAAGACCAACAACAAGAGCAGAGCGAGUAAAAUCUUCAGCAAUCACAAGUUAAUCAAGUCUUCAUCCACGCAGCAGCAGCAGAACCAGCAGUCGCAGAUCAAUGCAAACACCAACACACUGUCAACAUCGGAUGUCAUCGAUGACAAUAACAAAAACCCCAUUAUUCGAACCGGGCAGGACUUUCCGGUGCAUGAAUGUGUGUUUAAAGGAGAUGUUCGGCGCCUGUCCUCGCUCAUACGGACGCAGAAUAUCGCCCAGAAAGACGUCCAUGGCAACACGCCGCUGCAUCUCGCUGUCAUGAUGGGGCACAAAGAGUGUGCCCACCUGCUGCUGGCCCACAAUGCACCAGUGAAGGUGAAGAACGCUCAGGGAUGGAGCCCUCUUGCUGAGGCCAUCAGCUAUGGAGACCGACAAAUGAUCACAGCGCUGCUGAGGAAGCUGAAGCAACAGUCCAGGGAGAGUGUGGAGGACAAGAGGCCCAAGCUGCUGAAAGCCCUGAAAGAACUUGGAGACUUUUACUUGGAGCUUCACUGGGAUUUCCAAAGUUGGGUGCCUUUGCUCUCCAGAAUCCUGCCUUCAGACGCAUGUAAGAUCUACAAACACGGCCUCAACAUCAGAUUGGACACUACCCUGAUAGACUUCACAGACAUGAAGUGUCAGCGCGGAGACCUCAGUUUCAUCUUCAACGGCAAUGCCAUCCCCUCCGAGUCUUUUGUUGUGCUGGACAACGAACAGAAAGUCUACCAGCGGAUUCACCACGAGGAAUCUGAGAUGGAGACGGAGGAGGAAGUGGACAUCCUGAUGAGCAGCGACGUGUACUCGGCCACACUCUCCACCAAGUCCAUCACCUUCUCCAGGGCGCAGACGGGCUGGCUGUUCCGGGAAGACAAGACGGAGCGCGUGGGAAACUUUCUGGCAGAUUUCUACUCUGUGAACGGCCUGGUGCUCGAGUCCAGGAAGAGACGGGAGCAUCUGAGCGAGGAGGACAUCCUGAGGAACAAAGCCAUCAUGGAGAGCUUGAGCAAAGGAGGGAAUCUCAUCGAGCAGAACUUUGAGCCAACAAGGAGGCAAUCUUUAACUCCCCCAUCACCAAACACUAUAUCCUGGGAGGAAUACAUCACUGCUGACAAUGGAAAAGCACCUCAUCUCGGAAGAGAGCUGGUCUGCAAAGAGAGCAAGAAAAACUUCAAAGCCACGAUAGCCAUGAGUCAAGACUUCCCUCUGGGCAUUGAAUCGUUAUUGAAUGUUCUGGAGGUGAUUGCACCCUUCAAGCACUUUAAUAAGCUCAGGGAGUUUGUUCAGAUGAAGCUCCCCCCCGGCUUUCCUGUCAAACUCGACAUCCCCGUCUUUCCUACGAUCACAGCCACCGUGACAUUUCAGGAGUUUCGCUACGAUGAGUUUGAUGAGUCCAUUUUCACCAUUCCCAGCGACUAUAAAGAAGACCCCAGCCGCUUCCCUGACCUUUAACCUCUCUAACCGCAGCAGGAAACAAAUGUGCAACAAGCAUCGUAAUGCUACGAAACGUACUUUUUGAAUUACGAAAACAAAAACGGAGGGAGAAAAAUAACAGUAAUCAUUUCUUGACAGCGUGUGGAUCCAUCGCCCAUCCCAUCCUUUAACGAAGACGGCGGCAAACAAACCAUGGUUUGCCAUGACGUGACAAAAAUGGCGUUGUCAGAGCUGAUGGUCACCCUCAGUGGCAGAGAGGUUUACAUCUAAGUGUUUUGAAGUGUUGCAGGCUCUAUCUGUCACCUUCAGGUGUAAUCCGGCAGCCACGACAGGAAGUAAUUUGGAGCUGAGAGUCCGCUGAACAGCAGAAGGGCAUUGAAGUUCAAACAAGUGACAGCAGAGCCGGUGAGUCUCUGUAUACGGGGUAUAGAAAACAGACAACCAGUUCAGUCGAUGCUAUGUAUUUAAGUAUGUAAGUAAUGUUUAUAAAGGGAAUGUUUUUAACUGACUUGUAGUAAAGCACUGAUAUUAACGUGUUACGUGUUGGGGAGGAAUUCCACCAAACAAACUACUUUUUAGGGUUUUUUUUCUUGCUUAAGUAGACUUUUAAAAAUUCAGACAUAAAAUUGUGAAAAUUUAAUUCUCACCUCUUAAGACAGGUGUGUAGGAGAAUAAUAUUAUUGUUUUGAGUGUUUUUUUUUUACACUCAGUUCUUUAAUCGCAUCAAAUUUAGAAAUGUUUUCAAAGAUGUGCUGAACUUGGAUAAAAUGUCAUUUAACAGUCAGCUUUGCAAAAUCUUAGUGACAUGGCUUCUUUUGUACGUUUAAAAAAAACCCUAAAAAUCAGUUUUGGCAGAAUUCCACUUAAACUCUGCACAUUAUAAAAUUGUGUGCAUGUAUGCAAGUGUGUGUGUGUGUGUGUGUGUGGCAUUGUUUUUUCAUGGGUAUGGAGUAGCAUCACUGAACUUUUGGGCACUAGUUAGAUCUACUACAUUCAUCUGAGUUCAUACAAACUCAUUUUGUGAUACUCAACACUUAAUCCUGCAUUUUAAAUAUCAGUUUUAUUGAGGCAAUGCUAGAAAUGCUGCAGUUUUUAUGGUACCACAAAGUCUUCUCUUUAUUUGUUUGAGUAGCAAUGAAAGUUAAGUUAUGACAUCCAAGCCUUCUGUUUCUUACUAAACCUUUGUAAAGUGUGUAACAAACUGCACAAUCCUGCUAAGAGACGAAAACUGGGGACUGUGUAGGACGUGGUAUCUUAGGGAGUGAAUGAAUGUUAUUGUAACGUCCUGGGACGUUACAGUAACAUUUUUACACGUAACAAACCCCAGGCUUUUCCUCUGCACGGUGUGUAAAUACAAGUUUGUCUUUUACGUUGUUUCGUUAAUGAGUUUUCAAGAUGCGCUCUGCAAGAGGAACAAGUUGUGGAGAUUUUUCUUUUUAAUGUAACGUGACAUGAGUUAACACGAGGUUUUAUUGGUUUGUAACAUGGUGGCAGUUGCUAUUUUUGUACAUACUUGUAAUGUUUUAAAACAAACAAACAAAACCCCGAAUCUC